AUGGACGGCGCUGGGGAAUUUGACGAAGCGUCUGCGCUUAAGAACCUUACCGAAAAUGUCCGCAACCAGGACGAUCUCGAACGCGACAUCACCGAGCAGGCAAAUCGCGCCUUGAUUGAAGUCGAGGAUAAGAGAGAUCGAAAACGUAUCGAGAAAGCCGAGCUAUCUAAGUUGAGGCUCGAGAACCAGCGUCGAACCCAGCAGCAGAAACUUCAGGCCGCAACUGGCGGCUCGACAGCAAGAUUGCGGACACAGCAGGAGAUUACGCGAAUAGAGGCCGAGAUUCAGAUUUACAGCACGGACAUCUCAGACUUCAAUAGUCGCAUCGAGCAGCGCAACCGACAGAGCAAGACCGACAAUACGUCGUCGACUACCGGAAGGAAACUGUCCAAUGAGAGCCAGCGCGAGUAUCUCAUUCGGACUGGCAAGAUUACCCCUUUCGCAAAAAUUGGCGGACCCCGACCCGAUGGCAUCCAAGGAGACCUCGCCAAUGCGAUAAUUGACGCAGAAGAUGAGGCUGUGGCCGAGGAGAUUGAAGAGCAGGGUGCCGACGGGCCGCGGUCGCACCAAAAUCUGAGGCUCCCCGGGUUUGCCGAGGAGAACGACUAUACCGGUGGCGUAGCCGAAGACGAAUUCUCCCUACGCCCGAGGAAGAAACGCCGUGUGCAACAGGAUGCCGCUUCCUUAGACGAGUUUGCGCCGAACCAGUCGACCUCUGAAGCAGCCACUCCUGCAUCUUAUGCGUCUGACAUCUCCGACGAAGUGGACAUGACUGACAUGAGGCCCAAGGUCAAAUCUAAAAAGGGAACAACCAAGGAGAGCGAGGACAAGAUCGAUCUCAGCGGCAUUGAUGACGGUAGCGAAACUGUCUACCAGAGUAGACUAAAGGAUUGGACGGACAGGAGGAGUCGGGCGAGACGGCGCCGACAGGAAGCCUUGGGGCAGCCGAUCGGCGAUGCGGCAGACGGAGUUGAUGAGUGGCUCAAGCCCUCUCCCGACGAGGCCGACCACGAGUUCGAGAACGGGCUGAAGCUUCCGGGCGAUAUAUAUCCAUCACUUUUCGAUUACCAAAAGACUGGCGUACAAUGGCUUGCAGAGCUGUAUGCGCAACAAGUUGGCGGCAUUGUCGGCGACGAAAUGGGACUGGGCAAGACAGUCCAGCUUAUAUCCUUCGUGGCCGCCUUACAUCACAGUAACAUUCUCAACAAGCCUACCAUUGUUGUUGCGCCUGCCACCGUCUUACGGCAGUGGGUCAACGAGUUUCACCGUUGGUGGCCGCCUCUCAGAGUCUCGAUUUUGCACUCGUCCGGCAGCGGUAUGUUCAAUGUGCGGAACGAGGGAGAGAUCGAGGACCAGGAUGAUGUGUGGGACAAGAAAAAGCCGAGCAAGUCAAGCAAGGCGGCAAAGAAGAUCGUCGACAGAGUGGUCAAGCACGGCCACGUCUUGGUCACCACCUAUGCGGGCCUCCAGACCUACAGCGACGUUUUGAUACCUGUUGACUGGGGCUAUGCCGUCCUAGAUGAGGGCCACAAGAUUCGGAACCCGAACACGGCCAUCACCAUCUAUUGCAAGGAGCUCCGAACACCCAAUCGGAUGAUCCUCUCCGGGACCCCGAUGCAGAAUAACUUGACCGAGCUCUGGUCUUUGUUCGAUUUUAUAUACCCCAUGCGCCUCGGUACUCUUGUUGCCUUCCGGAAUCAAUUCGAGAUUCCAAUCAGGCUGGGGGGUUAUGCGAAUGCAACGAACCUCCAGAUCAUGACUGCGCAGAAAUGCGCCGAGACACUCAAGGAGACAAUUAGUCCCUAUCUCCUUCAGCGCUUGAAGGUCGACGUGGCUGCUGACUUGCCCAAGAAGAGUGAGCAGGUGCUGUUCUGCAAGCUAUCCAAGCAGCAGCGAGAGGCCUACGAGCUGUUCUUGAAAUCGGACGACAUGGCCUCAAUCCUCAGCAGAAGCCGUCAGUCUCUUUAUGGUAUUGACAUUUUGCGCAAGAUUUGCAACCAUCCAGACCUACUUGACCCUAGGCUCAAGACCAAACCGGGCUACUUGUGGGGUAGUGCUAACAAGUCUGGGAAGAUGGCAGUUGUGAAGUCGCUGCUGCCCAUGUGGAAGCGCCUUGGCCAUAAGACAUUACUCUUCUGCCAAGGUGUCCAGAUGCUGGAUGUUCUGGAGGCCUUUAUUAGGCGGCAAGACGGCAUCAGCUAUAUACGCAUGGAUGGCAAAACACCAGUCAAGCAGCGGCAGACACUGGUCGACCAGUUCAACAACGACCCUGAUCUCGAUGUGUUCUUACUUACCACAAAGGUGGGCGGGCUCGGUGUCAACCUGACUGGAGCCAAUCGCGUCAUCAUUUUUGACCCCGAUUGGAACCCUUCUACGGACGUACAGGCAAGAGAGCGGGCUUGGCGCCUGGGUCAGAAGAAGGAGGUGACCAUCUAUCGGCUGAUGACUGCUGGCACAAUUGAGGAGAAAAUCUAUCAUCGCCAGAUCUUCAAGCAGUUUCUGUCAAACAAGGUACUGAAGGACCCCAAACAACAAACAAAUUUCAAUCUGCAUGAUUUGCACGAUCUGUUUACCCUCAGUUCGUACGAAGAUGGCACUACUGAAACGGGCGAACUCUUCAAAGGAAGCGAGGUCAAGAGCUUCAAGCCAGUUGAGCCUAGGGAGCUCAUCUUGCCUAGUCAUGACGCUACUCCUUUCAGGGCGCCGCCAGUCAGCGUUGCAAAGGGUGGCGAGCGCGGUGGCAACGGCAACGAGGAAGGCGAGCUUCGCAACAUUGAUGGAGUCGCCGGGCUAGAAACGUUCCAAGACGAAAAAGCUCCGCCCGCAAACGAGGAAGAUCGACUAAUGGAAGGCAUCUUUGCGCGGUCUGGGGUGCACAGUGCCCUGGAGCAUGAUGAAAUAAUGAAUGGCAAACGGUCUGUCAAGGCAGAUCGCAAGAUGCUUCAGCUUGAGGCCAAUCGCAUCGCUGCACAAGCGGCACUGGGUCUUCGCCGCGCCGGCGAAGCGGCCCGCAAUGUGCCAAUCGGUACUGUGACGUGGACAGGAGAGUUUGGAGAGGCUGGCCGUCCUGUCAACAUCCGCCGUGGACGCGCUGGUCCCAGCUCGGCGGGCAUCCUCGCCGGUAUUGAGAAUCGUCAAGCCUUGAGCAUACCAAGCGCAGGUAGCUCAAGGUCGGGAACGCCGAGUGCUGCGGACCGCAACUUGAAGGCGAAGGAUUUUGAGAAGAUGGUCCCCGCAUUCAUCAAGAGGCAUGGCGGCCAGGUACCAUCGAAGCUGCUGGUUGACCACUUCAACCACUACUGCGCCGGUGCGAAGCAGGCAGAGGAGUUCAAGACGGCUUUGGCCAAGGUGGCUAAGAUGGACAAGCGCGGAUCAAGCAUGCGGGCCAUCUGGACUCUGAGGUCCGAGUAUCAGUGA